AUGAGGCGCGGCUUUCUCAACUCUACCCCAGCGAAAAAACGCCCAAAUAAUCCUUCCACCGCAUUCACCGCGCAUGUCGGUGAGCAGGCUUCGUCUGCAGCACUCGAAAAACCUGUCAUCGUUCCAAAAGGCUACGAAAUCAAGAUAAACUACGUCCAAGGGCCUGAAGACCCGUCUAAUCCUGCAACUCACAUAUGGACCACUCUUCCCCGAGUCCACGACGAGCCUAAUACCGAGUGUUUGUUCCUUCGCGGUAGCGAGCAGAUCAUUACGGGAACUCCCGGCUUCCCUCGCGGACUACCACCAGCGUCUUCACCUCCUGCCUUCCGCCGUGGACACUCCCCUGGCAAGGGCUUGGGCUUAUUCAGUACUCGCCCAAUAAAGCAAGGCGACAUCAUUCUUUGGGAGCGCCCCUUACUUAUUGCGCCGGCUGGGGUCCCGACAAAGAAGCUUCCUCCUGACUGCUCGGAGGCACAAAGGGCCCAGCAUAACCUCAACGAGUACGAGCGAUACAUCGCGAUAGCAGUCAACCGCAUGACUGAGGAUCGGCGUGUGGCAUUCAUGGGUCUUCACAACUGCCAUCAGAAGGACGGCUCCGGGCCAUUCACGGGCAUAAUUCGAACGAAUGGAGUCGGUCUUAGUGGUCUGCAGCCUUGGGUGGAGGAUGCAAAAAUGUCCAACUACUCUGCGACUCUGGAGCAUAUAUCGCGUCUCAACCACAGUUGUUCCUCGAAUACUCAACCACGCUUCGACCGCGCAACAUUUGCGUACAAGCUCUAUGCCGUCCGCGAUAUUGCCGAAGGAGAAGAGCUCACUUUCCAUUAUUUGGACGUUUUGGUCAACAAGACGAAACGAGCGGAAAUCCUCAGACCCUACGCAGUUGUUUGCACGUGUACCGCUUGCACCGAAAAUCCGACAGCGAGCGACAAACGGCGUUCCGCCAUCGCUAGCUUCAUGCCCAGUGUCCCGGUUUGGGCUGUCAACCGCGAGCUAUCAGACGACUGGCUGAUCAAGAAAAGCCUCCAGAUCCUCGAAUUCAUCGAAAAAGAAAAGGUUGAGCAUGUUGCAAUGUACAGCAUGGUAACUUGUGCAGUCCUGGAUGCCUACAUCUGCUUGGGCGAUCGCCAAAACGCCAGCAAGUGGGCCGCAAAAGUGAUGAUUCGACACCGUUGGGCGGAGGAGUACAAACGGGUUGAGGAGCUCCUGGAUCCAAACAGCCCUGCCUAUAUGCAGCACCCGCUGUGGCGACUACGCGUGGACGAGAAUCCGACCAACGAUAUGGGGGCAAUGUACAAGCUGAUGGCGGAGGCGUGUGGGCCGGGAGGGAUCACGACGAUGGACAACGGUGUGGGCCUGUUCACUUAUACGCGCGGCCAAGAGAUUCCGCCGGAAACCAUGAGAAAGAUGAUGGCUAUGGUCAAGAAAAACGAGCAGCAAGAAAUACGUGAAGGAGAAACUUGA